AUGUAUACAACACAAAAAAGGGAAAUCCUCAGAGCUCAAAUUUCAACAAAGUUUCCUAAGAGAUCAAAGUUGCAUCCUUUCAAUUUUUGGAGCAUUUUUUCAGACAAGUACUUCGGAGACAAUAACAGACGAUGUUCUCGAAAAAAAGAGUACGAAACUUAUCAGAUAAAUAAAGUUCAAGUCAACAUUUUUAAUGUCAAGUGCUUGGGAGAUAUCGCAACUAGAAGGAAUCAAAGAAAUAACUGGAUGCUAGAAAAAUCGAAGAAAGACAAGAAAGCAGAGCCUCUUCUCCCGUAUUCGUCACGAUUCACAGCGACAUCUUCAAAAUUUAAAAAUCUUAAUCAUGAUUUUCUUAUUUUUCUGUAUUUUUUCCCCUAA